AUGGAGAACCAAACUGGGGACCUGGACAUUAUACUGUUUGAGGGGUUAAAGGUCACGCCUCAGUCCUCCAUCCCGGCCUUCAUCCUCCUCCUCCUCAUCUACUUCUUCAUCAUGGUGUCCAACAUCGGGCUGGCGGUUCUGAUCAGCACGGAGCGCAGCCUGCACCAGCCCAUGUACCUGCUGUUCUGCAACAUGAGCAUUAACGAUGCGUUCGGGGCCUCUGCCAUCAUCCCGAGGAUCCUGAGUGAUGCUUUCACUCCCAUCUCAGAGCGAUCCAUUAACUACAUCGACUGUGUGGUCCAAGCCUUCGCCGCCCACUUCCACGCGGGCACCUCCCACUCCGUGCUCAUGAUCAUGGCGUUUGAUCGCUACGUGGCCAUCUGCAACCCUCUGCGCUACGCCACCAUCAUGACGCUCCGGAUGGUCGUGAGGCUGUCGGCGGGUGCCUGGCUCACGGCAUUCAUCUCCGUGGCCAUCCUGAUGUGGCUGAGCAUCCGUCUGUCUCGCUGCCGGCGGGUUAUCGUCAACCCGUUCUGCGACAACGCCUCCUUGUUCAAGCUGUCCUGCGAGAGCCUGCUCUACAACCACAUCUACGGGCUGGGCAGCGCGGUGGUGAUCCUGGGAUCCUCCAUGUGCAGCGUCACACUCACCUACCUGAGGAUCGCUUUAGUGUGUCUGACGGGGAGGAACAAGACUCCGAACAGCAAGGCGCUUCAGACCUGCGGCACUCACCUGGCCGUGUACGUCAUCAUGUUGACCAUGUCCUUCAUGCCCAUGAUCAUGCACCGGCGGCCGGAGUGGGCGGACAGCGGGAAGGUGGCGUCCAUCUUGUUCUUCGUCAUCCCUCCCCUCGUGAACCCCGUCAUCUACGGGCUGCAGUGCAAAGAGCUCCGACUGAAGAUCUUCAGCGUGUUUCACAGGAACAGAGUUAAGGAUGGGAAAAGCUUUCAUAAAUAA